UACAGAUGGUUCAAUCCAGGACGAUACAGAUGGUUCAGAGAAAAUCCAGGAGAAAACUUCAAGUAGCGAUCCAUGUGAUGGAGAUUCUUCAUUAAAGAAGACUAAAAGGGUUACGAUCAAAUGGACGUCAGCCCUUGAAAAUGAAUUUUUCAUGGCCAUUGAACACAUUGGCCUUCAUAAGGCCACGCCUAAGAGGAUUUUAAAAUUCAUGGACCAGAAAUCCCUGACGAGAGCACACAUAGCCAGCAAACUACAGAAGUACCGACGAAACUUGAAAAGAGAUGAAGAUCAAAGAAUGAAGGACAGAAUAGCUAUGCACUCAACAUUUUCAUCAGCAGAUGGCUACAUCAACCCACAACACUCUUACAACUACAACACAAGGCUAGGCAACAACAAUCUUUUCAAUGUCCAACCUGGCUAUGGUCUCGGUCAAACUAGCUUCAUGGGGAACAACAAUGCUGGUUUACAUGACUCUCUCAACUGUAUGAACCGUAGACCCACCUAUGAUUUGAGCCAAACCGGAUCCAAGUUGCUUCCCAUGAGAGGCAAUCUUGGGUUUCAAAACGGUAUGCUGCCUGUAAAAGAGGAAUGGAGAAGCAUUCCCGGAACAUCUCAAGCUCCUAGGUUUGGACAAUAUGCUACAACAAGCAAUGCUUUGGGUAUGAACUAUAAUCCUACUACUGGUACUAUGGGCAGUAAUAAUUACGUUGGGAUCAGAGGAGAUGAAAAUGGAGAUUUGGUUGGACUUGGUGGAUUAAGAGUUAAUGGUAAUGGUAAUGGCUCUUUCAGUGGAGCAAGGGUUCAUGGUACUGGUAGUGGCUCUCUUCAAGGAAUGAGCGUUUAUGGUAAUGGUCAUGGGUCGUCUCUUGGUGGAAGAGGAGUUCAUGGUACUGGUAAUGGCUCUCUUGAACGAAUGAGAGUUCCUGGUAAUGGUCAUGGUACUGGUAAUGGCUCUCUAGGUGGAAUAAGAGUUCAUGGUACUGGUAAUGGCUCUCUUGAAAGAAUAAGAGUUCCUGGUAAUGGUCAUGUUACUGGUAAUGGUCAUGGUACUGGUAAUGGCUCUCUUGGUGGAAUAAGAAUUCAUGGUAAUAAUAAUGGAAUAAGAAUUCAUGAUACUAGUAAUGGCUAUGGCUCUUUUGGUGGAGUAAAAGUUCAUGGUACUGGUAAUAGUAAUUUCUCUCCUGAUGGAAUCAUAGUUCAUGGUAAUAGUAACAGUAAUGACUCUCUUGGUGGAAUAAGAGUUCAUGGUACUGACUCUGUUGGUGGGAUAAGAGUUCAUGGUACUGAUGCUGGCUCUGUAGUUGGAGGAAAUGUUCAUGGUACUAGUAAUGGUAAUGGUUUUCUUGGUGUAAAUUUUGGCAUGAACUGUAACUUCAAUAACAACAACAUGAGUAACCAUGGAAGUUCAACUCCAAUGUUUCCUUCUGAAUUGUCAUCGUUCUUUGGUAAUAAGGAUCAGUCACAAAACAACUUGAUUGCUCAAACUGGUGGUGUGAUCCCUGCACUAGAGAAACCCAAAAUGUUUAGUGAUCACCAUGACAUCAACGAGGUUUUUUCUGAUACAAAUAACUCUCAGUUUCAUCAGAAUCAGCAUCAAGGUAACCUGGCUGGUGUAAAUGUUGGCAUGAACUGGAACUUCAAUAACAACAACAUGAGUAACUAUGGAAGUUCAACUCCAACGUUUCCUUCUGCAUUGUCAUCGUCCUUGGGUAAUAAGGAUCAGUCACAAAACAACUUGAUUGCUCAAACUGGUGGUGUGGUCCCUGCACUAGAGAAACCCAAAAUCUUUCCUUUUACUUAUCUGAAGCAUCAAGGUAACCUGGCUGGUGUAAAUGUUGGCAUGAACUGGAACUUCAAUAACAACAACAUGAGUAACUAUGGAAGUUCAACUCCAACGUUUCCUUCUGCAUUGUCAUCGUCCUUGGGUAAUAAGGAUCAGUCACAAAACAACUUGAUUGCUCAAACUGGUGGUCAUCAAGGUAACCUGGCUGGUGUAAAUGUUGGCAUGAACUGGAACUUCAAUAACAACGACAUGAGUAACCAUGGAAGUUCAACUCCAACGGUUCCUUCUGCAUUGUCAUCGUUCUUUGGUAAUAAGGAUCAGUCACAAAACAACUUGAUUUCUCAAACUGGUGGUGUGAUCCCUGCACUAGAGAAACCCAAAUGUUUAGUGAUCACCAUGACAUCAACGAGGCAAUGUUUUGAUUCAUAUAUAUAUGUUCAUGAUUUUGAGCAGCAUCAAGGUAACCUGGCUGCUGUAAAUGUUGGCAUGAACUGGAACUCCAAUAACAACAACAUGAGUAACCAUGGAAGUUCAACUCCAAUGUUUUCUUCUGCAUUGUCAUCGUUUUUGCAUCAAGGUAACCUGACUGGUGUAAAUGUUGAGGCGCCUACUGCUUAUCCUCUUGAAGACAUUAGCAGUUGGAGUUUCAAUGACGGUACCAAUAAUGAAGAGAUGUUGGACACUCUCGUUGCUAAUCUGGAGAUGUAUUUGCCUACUCAGGACAUGAACAUUACAAAUCAAGGUAAUAAUCAUGAAGAAAUGUUUAACUCUCUUGCUGCUAAUCCGGAGAUGCACUUUCCUACUCAGGACAUGAACAUUACAAAUCAGGAUUGUGACGAUGAAGACUUCAUGGACUAUUUGAUCGAUCCUGACAUGAAUUGA